AUGAAGCUGAUAAAUUUUGCCACUAGGAGCAGAUUGGAGUAUCUUUCCGCCAUAUUCCUGGUCAAACAAUCAGCUGGUGUGGGUAUACCAAUCCAAGAAAUGGCAUCAAAAUUCCUAAGCACUCAAACCGUCAAAGCCACUCGGGGUUUUGCUGUACAAACUGCUGCCAAACCGGCCGCUACGGAAUUUUCUCCCGUUCCUAGGGAGCCCGUGAAAACUACUACUUUGAGCAAUGGGAUAGUUGUGGCCUCGAUUGAGACAAACGCCCCUCUAUCCCGUGUUGGAAUUGCAUUCAAGGCAGGAACACGAAAUGAACCAGCCGGAAAAGAAGGCUUGGUUCAUCUUUUACGAAUGACAUCUAGCCUCAGCAAUAAACAGUCAACCCAGUUUUCCCUAACAAGGAUUAUUAAUCAAGCUGGAGCUGCCUUGACCUGCACUUCAGGCAGAGAACAUGUUCUGUAUUCUGUUGAUGCCACUCGUCAACAUAUUGAUGCUGUUCUGUCCAAACUGGCUGAUGCAGCCACACAGCAAGCAUUUAAACCAUGGGAGUUGGCUGACAACAUGCAUAAGAUCAAACUUGAUUUGGCGGCAGUUGAGCCUCAGACUCAGGUUAUUGAACUCCUCCACAAAGUGGCUUUUCGUACAGGCCUGGCUAAUAGUCUGUUUUGCCCUCCACACUUAGUUGGCAAACACACUCCAGAUUCGCUGCAGAGCUUCGUUGCGGCAAAUUUGCGUUCAGAUAAUGCUGCUGUUGUCGGAGUGGGUAUUUCUCACGAUCGCCUGGUGGCGUACGCUCAGAGUUUGGCUUUAAAUCCUGGGAAACCCGUCUCGGUGAUACCUUCGAAAGUAAAUGCUGGAGAAGUACGUGUGGAUACGAACAGUCCUCUGGCAUAUGUGGCUGUAGCGACCGCUGGAGCUUCUCUGGCUGACACAAAAUCUAUGAUUACAUUCGCUCUCCUACAAAGGACUCUAGGAACUGGAAUCCCAGUCAAAUAUGGAUCUGGAGCAGGAUCCAAACUAAAUCAAGCCGUGUUGGGUUCCGGUGCCGUUUCGGCACUUAAUUUGAACUACUCCGAUGCCGGACUUUUUGGUUUCAUUGCCGCCGCUCCUGCAGCUGAUGCCGGAAAGGUGGUCUCUGCUGCUGCCAAAGUCUUACGGACAGCUUCAGUGAACGACAGCCAAUUAAGCCGCGCUAAAGCUCAACUUAAAGCUGAUUUACUGAUGACCCAAGAAAACACGGGUGCGCUACUAGAAGAGCUAUCUCUGCAAACGCUCCUUAACCGGGCCAGUACCUCUGCCGAUCUUCUUUCCACCAUUGACAAAGUAUCAGCUGCUGAAAUCAACGCCGUAGCUUCCAAACUGGCCUCAGCCAAACUUGUCGUGGCCGCCAUCGGCAGCCUAAGCAAUGUCCCUUUUGUUGAUGAAUUGUAAAGUUUGAAUAGCUCUCCGGAUUGUGGUGUAGUCUAUAGUUAUCUAUAAUUGCACAGUGGCUCAUUAGAUAAAAUCCAGAUCAAUCGGUUAAUUAUUCUAAUAAGCUGAAAGAAUACACGUGCUCUAUACAAGA